AUGGGUGGAGACAGUGAUCUUUCCUGUUUGAUCUGUUCGGAUCUACUGAAGGAUCUAGUGAAUAUUCCCUGUGGACACAGCUACUGUAAGACCUGCAUUAAAGACCACUGGGACGGAGAAAGUCUGAGGAGGAUCUUCAGCUGCCCUCAGUGCAGGAAAGAGUCCAUCCUGAGGUCUGUGUUGGAGAAAAGCGUCAUGUCAGCUGCUUUAGGGGGGGAUCUGAAGGAAAGUGAACUCCAAGCUAGAGCAGCUGGUCCUGAAGAUGUGGCCUGUGAUAUCUGCUGCAUUAGGAGAAAAAUGAAAGCCAUUAAGUCCUGUCUGGUCUGUUUACUCUCUUUCUGCGAGGAUCACCUCCAACCUCAUCAUGACGUCCCUGGACUAAAGCAGCAUAAGCUGGGGGACCCCUCCAAGAAGCUCCAGGAGAUCAUGUUCUCUCGUCAUAACGAGGCGGGGAGGAUGUUCUGUAGUGCUGAUCAGCAGUGCAUCUGUCAUGUCUGCACUAUCGAUAAACAUAAAGACCAUGAAAAAAUCUCACCAGCUGCAGCAGAAAGAUUUAAGAAGCAGGAGGAAAGGUAUGCUUCACUGUGGAGACCGGAAUUCCAGACCAGGGAAGAAUUCCUGGAAUAUUCACGAGAACUGACUCUGGAUCCAAACACGGCACACAACAAGCUGGUGUUAUCUGAGGGGAACAGAAAAGUCACAAGGAUGAAACAGAAACAGUCUCAUUCUUAUCAUCCGAACCGAUUCAGCUUAAGGUUUAUGACCCUGAGCAGAGAGAGUCUGACUGGACGCUGUUACUGGGAGGUGGAGUGCACAGGGGGGAGAGUUCAUGUAGCAGUUUCGUACAAAAAUAUCAGCAGGGUACAAAAGUUUGGAUGGGAUGAAAAAUCUUGGUCUUUAUAUUGCCAUAGAAGCGGUUACACAUUUUAUCACAAGAAAACUCCAAUUCCACUGCCAGGUCCAGUUUCCUCCAGAAUAGGAGUGUAUCUGGAUCACAGAGCAGGUAUUCUGUCUUUCUACAGCGUCUCUGAAACCAUGACUCUCCUCUAUAGAGUCCAGACCACAUUCACUCAGCCUCUAUAUGCUGGGGUUUGGCCUUUAGUUAACAGAGCUUCUGCUGAGUUAGUUAAACUGAAGUAGUCAGAGUUAAUCCGAGGUCCAGUUGGUUCAAAUGCAUAUUUUACCUCCAGUUUUCAUAAGUGUUGGGUUCAGAACACUUUAAAUAAAGAAGAGACACAAGGAGGCAUUGAGACACGGCUUCUGUUUUACUCUUCUACAGAACAGGAAGCUUCUCUCUACUACUCUUUCAGCAGCUCUCCCUCUGCAUCCGCCUUUUAUUAGAAAGAAAACAUGGUGGUUACAGGGUCAGCCAAUAAUAAAGCAGUAAAACAUCUUAUGCCUUUAAGAUAAGCCUAAGUGUUACACAGUAUAGAUAGUAGAAGUGUUUCUAGUAGCAUAAGUCACGCCGUAGGUUAGCUGGUCAUGCAAGCAUGUGAUGUGUGCAGCUUUUAUGUGCACCUUAUGUUCCCUUUGACUACAUAGUGACCCUUUAAGGCUGUAUAGAGACAAACAAACCUUACAAUAAGUCUUCAUUUUUGUUGCUUGGAGCUAAUUUUUCUGUAAUUUCUUCACUGACAUCAGCUCACUUUAUAAAGCUACUUUAAAAAGGGAGUUAUUUUGAGGUGCUGCCUCUUCCUAUUAACCUGACUCCGCCAGAUGGAAACCUUCCGUUUAAGUCAUUUUGGGAAGCGGCGGAAAUACUGGUUAGCUGAUUGGCCUAUGUUGGUGAUAGACGGGCCAAAUAAACCAAUCGGGUCAACGAAGCAUAUGACGUACUAACAGCCAGG